UUGCUUUCCUUCACUUCGCUGUCCUUCCUUUCCAUCUCCGUUUCAGGCUUCCAAAAGAUCCAUUCGUCUAUCCUCGCUCUCGCCCUCUUUAUUCCCCUCUCUCUACGCUUCUUCUCUGAUGUGAUUCGAAACCCUAGGAUUGAUCCCGAUCCCAUGGUCGCCUACGCUUCACCGAUGGGGAACUCGGGCUCCAGCCGCUCGUCGCCAUCGUCGUCGCCGGUCGCGGAGGCACUGGGCGCCGAAGACUCUUCCGGACACUCAUCCGCCGCGGAGUCUGCGGAGUUCUACGAUCGGCGGGUCGGCGAUAUACUGACCCAGGUCUUGUCGAGUAGGAGCGAGGAGUACCGGCGGCUGUUUCGUCUUCCUUCUGAAGAGGUCCUUAUUCAAGAUUUUAAUUGUGCUUUCCAAGAAAAUAUCCUUCUUCAGGGUCAUAUGUAUUUAUUCACCCACUAUAUCUGCUUUUAUUCAAAUAUUUUUGGAUUUGAGACGAAGAAAAUGAUAUCUUUACAUGAGGUAAAUGCUAUUCAUAAGGCAAAAACUGUUGCAAUUUUUCCUAAUGCCAUAGAAAUUGUUGCUGGAGGGACAAAGUACUUCUUUGGAUCAUUUUUGUCCCGGGAUGAAGCAUAUCGGCUUAUCACUGAUAGCUGGGCACAGCAUGGCGGUGACAUAAAAACCAUGGAUACAAGGUCAGAGGGCAGAAAUCAAGGCAAUGCCAUCCUUUUUGAAAAUGUACAGGAAUGUAAACCAUUGGCAGAUGAUUCAUCAUCUUCAAACAGAUUUCAGGACACGAAUGCCAGAGAGGAAUUAAAUGCUCUGCCGAAUGGUAAAGUUGACAGGGAUAUCACUGUAAAGCCUCCAGAAAUCAAAGAAAAAGAAUGUGAACAAAAUUUUAACCAAUCUUCUUUGGAAACCCCUCUCAUUUGGACCAUUGAGGAUAUUGAUGCACCUACAGUUCCAGAACAUUUCACUUUUAUCGCAGAGUCAAAGUUUCCGCUCCUUGUCAAGGAUUUCUUCAAUUUAUUUGUUUCUGAUCAAGCUCUUGGCUUUUUGAAAGAUUUUCAUACAAGAUGUGGCGACAAGGAUUUUCAGUGCACUUCUUGGCGUAGGCAUGAACUAUUUGGGUAUAUUCGUAAUGUUUCAUUAGUGCAUCCUGUCAAAGUAUAUCUCGGUCCUAAAUUCGGGAACUGCCAGGAGGUCCAAAAAUUUCGUGUAUACAGGAAUAGUCAUUUGGUGAUCGAAACAUCACAGCAUAUUAAAGAUGUACCUUAUGGGGAUUAUUUUGAGGUUCAGGGUAUGUGGGAUGUUGUACAAGAUUCUGGUGGAGAAAAAAACUGCACUGUAAAAAUAUAUUCUAAUGUAGCAUUUUCAAAGAAGACCAUGUUCAAGGGGAAAAUAGAACAAUCAACUAGGGAAGAGUGUCGAGAAGUUUAUGCUACUUGGAUGAGCAUUGCUCAUGAUAUAGUGAAGCAAAAGGAACAGAACGUUCCACAACCAGGAGGAAAUCUUGAGCUGAGUAAUUGUGUGGUUCCUCACAAAGGCAUUGAAUUUGAAAGACCUACUGAGUCAAUAGAAAAUCCCACGUCAACUUCAAAAAUCCUUCUAUACAACAUCCAUGAGAUUGGCAAUAAACCAGGGAUUUGCAACACUGUCGACAAACAAUCUAACAAGUAUUCACUGCUGAUGGCUGUGCUUCAUGAAUCAUGGGAAACCUUACUUUUAUAUAUGAGAAGACGCAGCUUGUUACCUUUGGUUUUAGCCAUAGCAUUCAUCGUGUUUAUCCUACUACAGUUAAACAUGAUUCUUCUUCUAACAAGAGUUCCUGAAGUACAUGUGGUUACUCAUGGAUACUAUAAUAGCGAAGCUAUUGCAUAUAAUGUUGAGAACGUAGAAUGGUUAGAGAAGCGUUUCAAUUACCUCAAGGAAGAAAUGGCUAUGAUGGAAACUCGGUUGGAGAGGAUGCAUCAUGAAUAUGCCUUGUUGAAGUCUCAUCUUGGAAGUCUCGAACAGCUGAAGGCCAAGUCUCGACGCAGAUAAGUAAAUUUCAUUGUAGCCAUGGCAGCUGAACCUCUAACCUAGAAGUUCUCUUCGCUAUGAACUAGUUUUUAACUUCCAUGAAACCCCUUGCAGUCUGCUGAAAAUACUCGAAAAAAGAACAUUAUAGAGCGAAAGUGUUUCUUUUACCUCAUUUGUUCAGCAAACCUCAAGCCUCGGAACAUUUCUAAGGUGUUUUGAGUAUUUUAAA